UUUCCACCUCUUCAGUGCUCUACUACUGCUCUCUCUCUCUCUCUCUCUCACUAUUUUUCGUUUUCUGUGUAUCGUAGUCUCCUCCUCCUCCUUUGCCUCUCCUCCUCCUCCUCCUUCGCUUCUAGGGUUUCAACUUCAUUAGAAGCCCUUCCUCUUGGCCUUCAUCCCUGUUUCAGUUCAUCUCAUCGACAUCACUUUCUUCUAAUCGAUAAUUCGUCAAUGUUUUUCUGCUCUUGAGAUUCAUUUCAAAAUAGAAUGGGGAUUCUGUGAAUGGAGAGAGAAUCAGAGAAUAGAUUUUGGUUCCCUUUUGUACGACUUUAAUUCCUCUUUAAUGUGCCUCAGAUUUCUUUACUUGUUUGGAAAGUGUUCGUUUUAUCAAAACUCAGAAACUGUUAAUCCAGCCUAUGACACAUAAUAUUCGGAUCCUUUAUAGUUUAAUUAAUUAAUUAAUUCGAUUUAGUUUCGAAAUCGAUCUAUUUGGGUUCGGAUUGGCAAUCGGAGGAGCUAGUGUUCUCCAGAAUAGAUGAUCAUGGAUCCGUAUCUCUCUGGCAUUUCUGCUCUCAUGAACGGAUUCAGAGUCGAUGAUUGGUCAGGUUCUUGUCAGAACCUUAGCAACGGGCUCAAACUCGAGGAGGCCUUUGUUGAUCGCAAUUUCACUGAUCUUUCUUCGCUUGCCCUUAAUCCAAACUCUCGCAUUAUUCCCGCUGCUCCAUCUCCAAUCGUGAUCGCUGAGGAACAAUGCCCUGAAGAUUUCACUGCUCCACCUUCGGUUGUGAUCCCUGGGGAAGAAAGCCUUGAAGAUUGCGAUUUAUCCGAUGUAGCUCUCAAGUUCAUAGACCAGAUUCUUAUGGAAGAAGACAUCGACGAGAAGACCUGUAUGUACCAGGAGUCCUCCGCCCUUCAAGCCGCUGAAAAACCCUUCUAUGAUAUACUUGGCAAGAAGUAUCCCCCCUCGCCCUUGCCCUUGCGAGAGCCCGACCAACACCAUUUCUAUUGCGACCACGACUCCGUAAGCCCCGACGACCAUUUUACUAACACCUUCAGUAAUGGUAACUGCAGUGGCAGUUAUGGUAUCAGAGACGCACAAGAUUCGUGCUCGAUUUCCUAUCUCGGCGAGUACAAGCCCAUCUGGAUGGAGGCUGUCUCCUCUUUCUAUUCAUCUCCAUACACUUCCCAGUCGUGUUUGGGUACUUCAAAUGGUGUCACAGGCGUCGCAGAUGGUGUGUUUGGAUUCGUGGAGUCUCCAUUUGGUGAACUACAGUUUCCUUGUUUGUUUAGCGGGAGGGAAUCCGGAGUGGAGGAAGCUAAUAAGUUCCUUCCUAAUGGUAAUGAGCUGAUUCCUUAUCCAGAGAAGCUUGGGUUGUUACCUGGGAGUGAACCCAAGGAAGCGCCUCCACUACUGGUCAAGGUAGAGCCUAUUGAUGAGAGAGGGUAUUCACCCACUGGGGUAUUCAAGGGAAGGAAGCAUCUUCCCGGGGAAGACCCGGAUUUAGAAAGGGGGAGGAGAAUCAAACAAUUGGCAGUUUACACUGAGGAGGCCGAGCGGACGGAGAUGUUUGACAUGGUGUUGCUGUGUGAUCCUGAAGGGAAGGGUGAGUCUUCUCUUUCUACACUCCAUGAAGCCUUGCAGAAUGGACGAGACAAGAAUGGGCAGUCGAAUGGAUCUACCGGUGGGAAGAGUCGUGGUAAGAAACAGGGGAAUAAGAGGGAAGUAGUGGACUUGAGGACCCUUCUCAUCCGUUGUGCAGAGGCCGUCACAAAAGAUGAUCGAAGAAGUGCUGAUGAACUAUUGAAGCAGAUCAGGCAGAACUCCUCUCCUUACGGGGAUGGAUUGCAGAGGUUGGCUUAUUAUUUUGCAGACAGCCUCCAAGCGCGAUUGGAUGGUUCAGGAAGCCAGCGUUACAUAGGGACUCUCUCCAACCUAAGAACAUCGGCGUCAGAUAUUCUCAGGGCUUACCAUCUGUAUCUUGGCGUGUGCCCAUUCAAGAAGCUUUCUAACUUCUUCUCGAACCGGACCAUCUUCAAUGUGGCUGAGAAGGCGAUGAGGCUUCACAUUAUAGAUUUUGGCAUUCUAUAUGGUUUUCAAUGGCCUUCUCUGAUACAAAAUCUUUCCAACAGACCUGGAGGACCACCGAAGCUUCGGAUAACUGGGAUUGAACUUCCCCAAUAUGGUUUCAGGCCAUCGGCGAGAGUGGAAGAAACUGGGCGGCGAUUAGCAGAUUAUGCUAAAAAAUUCAAUGUUCCUUUCGAGUAUAAUGCAAUUGCACAGAAAUGGGAAACAAUUACACUUGAGGAUCUGAAGAUUGAUCGUGAUGAGGUGCUGGCUGUCAACUGUUUGUACAGGUUUAGGAACUUGCUCGAUGAAACCGUGGUGGCCGAGAACAGUCCAAGGAAUGCAGUUCUUAACUUGAUCAAGAGGAUGAACCCAGAUGUUUUCGUUCAAGGGGUUCACAAUGGUGCGUACGGUGCCCCAUUCUUUGACACUCGAUUCAAGGAGGCACUCUUCCACUUCUCUGCGAUGUUUGAUAUGCUUGAAAUGAAUAUAUUGCCCGAGAGUCACGAGAGGAUUUUGCUAGAGAGAGAGAUAUUUGCUCGGGAGGCAAUGAAUGUCAUAUCUUGUGAGGGCUCAGAGAGGGUUGAGAGGCCUGAGACAUUCAAGCAGUGGCAGAUCCGGAAUGUGAGAGCUGGACUUGAGCAGCUCCCAUUGAACCCUGUUAUCAUGAAGAAGGCAAAGGAUAAGGUGAAAUCAAGUUACCACAAGGAUUUUGAUAUUGGCCAAGAAGGCAAUUGGAUGCUACAGGGAUGGAAGGGACGGAUUAUUUAUGCACUUUCAUCUUGGAGAUCUAUGCAGGAUUCCUGAUUGAUUACUUCUACUCAUCAGGAAAUGAAAUGGGUAGGUAGGAGUUAGGACAGGGAUCGUGAGAUCAGAGUCAGACUGGACUCUCAACUCUCAUCCAAUAUCUCUUCAUCAAUGUUUUCUGCUGUCCUGUCAUACAUGUUCAGGCAUUCGAUUUUCGCUUUUCCUUCUCGUUUCUGUUUUGUAUUAAUUUCUGUGAAACGUGUUCUUUAGCUCUUUGAAAUUGAAUCUUUUUGGAUCUGUCCAUUUGUAAUAAAUUGGAUCUGUUAUGGGACAAAUGCCUUUAGAGUCUGUCUA